AGGUUAAUUAGUAGUAUAUCGGUGAUAAGUAUAUCAGAAGGGUGCAUCAGUGAUAAGUGCUAUAUCAGAACACAGUACAAGGGUCUAUCAGCGAUAAGUAUAUCAGAAGCACUGGAAAUAUUUUAUGCAUGAGAGGUAUAGUUCUAAAUGAAACCUGCAAUUUUAGCCAGAAGGUAUAUUUUAUGAUUUUGGUUUGAGAGCAUGGCUUACGAUCCGAAUUUAAACCUUUUAAAACGAUCAGUGAAGGAAUGGUGUCUAAAUUACCAAAUAGCUAUUAUUUUAGCUAUAUGUCUUGUAUUGAUCUUGCCAAAUGGGUUACAAUGGCCUUUGUUUUACCUAGGCAGUAUUCUGUUUCUUACAGUAAAAAUAGCUGACGUGGUGAAUAACUUGAAGUCUAGAGACAAGAUCGUGCCAAACGGAAAGUGUGUUUUUAUAACAGGUUGUGAUACGGGAUUUGGUCACAUGCUUGCAAAAGAAUUAGAUAAAGAAGGUUUUGAAGUUUUCGCAGGAUGUUUGUUUCCUGAAGGAAAUGGAGCCAAGGAGUUGCAGAAUUACAGUUCACAUUCAAUACAUAUUAUUCCAUUAGAUGUGACAUCAGAAGACAGCGUUUUUAAAGCCUACCAGUAUGUUGCUAAUAGAAUUAAAGAUAAAGGUCUGUGGGCUGUUGUAAACAACGCAGGAAUCAAUGACGGAGGUGAAGUACUAUGGACCGAAAUGGGCAUCCUAGAAAAAAUUUUUGAAGUCAAUGCUUUAGGUGUUAUCAGAAUUACAAAGACGUUCCUCCCUCUUUUAUGUCAGUCAAAAGGACGGUUGGUAACUGUGGCAAGCAUUGCAGGAAGACUAGCUAUAGCCGCACUAGGGGCGUAUUCCGCCAGCAAACAUGCAGUCAUAGGAUUUUGCGAUUCUUUGCGCCAGGAGAUGUAUCCAUUUGGAGUGGAAGUAGUGACAGUAGAGCCUUUAGGAUAUAGAACUGACAUGGUUCGUAACGGAGUAACCAGUCUUCAACGGACAUGGGAAUCAGCACUUGCAGAAGUGAAGGCUUUAUUUCCAGAAGAUUAUUUUGAAACGAGAUUGAGGCCAGGGAGCAAAGCGUUUGAUAAAUAUUUUGUAAGUGAUAAUUUGCAGGAAGUUAUUAAUUGCUUGAAGGAAGCAGUUAUGGCUAAGAAUCCAAAAUGUUCAUAUCGACCGGGAAAGAUUCUUGGUCAAAUAUAUUUCCAUGUUGCGAAUCUCUUACCUCAGUCACUUACAGAUUUCUUCCUUCUGAAGCACUAAAAUAAUUGCAUGAUAAAACCAUUCCGAUAUUAUCAUCGAAUAAUAAUUCACAAUUAUAUUCUGUAAUAGUUUUAUUGCUGAGGAAUUGCAAAUAAUUGCAUUAAAAGGGACUGCAGCCUGUCUGGGUACUCAAGAACUCAAGACAACUAGGUUGUCAAUCCCACUUACCGCGUAGACCGAAGACGUAUGUCUAAUAACAAAAGCGAGGAAAUUUAUUUAGAGUUUAUUACAAUUUAUGAAAAGAAACAUUUUAAAAAGAAAAAACUAAAUACUUGUAUUUCUGUAAAAUAAAACACAAAGGACAUUUUUAUCAAUAAAAUAAAGCAAACUGCUUUUUAUAUCACAUGAGGUAUUUUCAUCUACUGCAAUUUCAACUAAAAUAAGACAGUAAAAUCAAAUCUAUUUUUAUAGGUCCUAAAGUAAAUGUAUCAUGCUAAUUUUAUUGAAUAAAAAAACCUGUUUUUGGACACAAAACAUACAGCCAUGUUCUGUUUAUCUUAGUUACACUGAUACCAUUUUAUUAAUAUGAAACAAUAAAAUAAUAAUACUAGUAAUAUAUUAUGUCAUUUUUUAUUGUAUAAACUUUUAUAGUAUUUAUCAACAAAACAUAAAAACUGUAUGGAAAUUUUAAAAAAUGAAAAUUUCUUUACCUUUGAAAACUUUAUUAAUUAAAUUAAAAAAUAGUAACUCUUUAUGCUUUGUGAUGUGAUUAGUAUUUUGAAUACCUUUUUUUAAAUGAUUUAAGUCCAGAUUUCAGUAAAAUAUUUUUCAAAUUAAAAAUGUAGUGAAUUUUCUCAAUUUAUGAAAAUUGGUGAGAGAUUUUAUAGAGAAUGCUUUUAGGGAUAUACGUAGGCAGAUAUCCUCGAGUGUUUUGACAUAGCCAAAAAACUAACCAAAUCAUAGGAAUAUAUGACUAUGUGAUAUGCGUGUUGGCUUUCUAUGUUUCCACAAAUCAUGACAGCCUUAUGAAAACUUAUUAGGAAGGAAUUUAAAUAAUUUGAUAUUACGUUUCAAUAAAUUCUUCAAAGAGCAAGAACAACUAUUCAGAGCACUUGUUCUUCUAUUCUUUGUUCUUUCAUCAGUAUUUUUUCUUCUAUUCUUUCUUCAUUCGUCCUCUUUCUUCAAUAUACUUUUUAAAACUCUGCAGUGUUAAUUCCAAUGCAAGAUCCUACAUUUUGUUCCAAAUUACAUGUGCAUUAUCCCAACUUGUUGAGGUUUCUUUACAUUUCUUACUGGUAUUAUGUUGGUAGCGUAGCAACUGAAAUACGUUACAGUCUUAAAUUCCUUCCCUCCCGGGGAACUUUUCAAAGAAAAGUUUUCCUUUCAAUCUGAUGGAACGUUCAAGAAAAUUUUCAGUUUAAAUAUAUUAAAUAUUUUUACAAAAUGUUCAAUCAUAUCUGUAACAAAUACAAUUAGAUACCUGACCAAAUUAGUACAAGUGCUUCCAAAUAACCAUUUUAAAUAAACAUAUAAAAUUUAAUAUUCUACUAUUAGAAAAAUUUAAACAAUGAAGUUUCAAACUUCCUAGAAUAUGUAUUUUUUUGUUUUGAGAUGUUUGGGUACAACGACUUAAACUGUCAGCAUUUUGAUGGUGCUUCCUCUUUCGAUGCGCAACAUCAUAGUUAAAAGGUUGCAAGAUCAAAGCCCAUCGUAAUAGUCUAGGAUUAGUCCUAGUGUUUUAAUCCAGCCAUACAAAAGGAUUAUGAUCAGUUUGAAUGAUGAACUUAUGAGGUCCAUCUAGGUAGAAUUUUAACUUUACUGCAAAGACUAUCGCAGCACACUCCCUUUACUUUUAAAUACUACAGUAUUUCUGUUCAGUAGGUGAAAAAAUUUUACUAAGAAAUAUUAUUGGAUGUUCUUCGCUUUUAGCAUUUAUCUGUGAUAAUACAACACCAAUACCAAUAUUCGAAGCAAAUUUGCCACUUUAAUACAAGGGCUCAAAUUUUAAAAGAACAUCGUAAACAGGCUAAAUAUUUUGAAGCUUUAAUCCAAAAGCUUAACCUUAGAAUAUCUUUUUAUAAGUUGAAUUCAAUAAUAAGAUGAAACAUUUUCAUAUAAAAUGGCACAGUAUUCAUAAAAACUUAUACUCACACGUACUGUAUUUCUUUUUUUUUUUGAAAUGAACACUGAUUUCACCUUUCUAUCCCAGCGACUACCACCAGAUAUGUAUUCUUUUAUACGUCUGUAAUGAAGUUUUAAAGAAAUCUCGCCAUUUUUUGAUCGAACAGCGAACUUUAUUAGUCAAACUUACACAGCAACUAAAAAACAUUUUAAACGCGUGCAUCUUCCUGCACGGAUAUUCUAUACGCCAGCUUUUUUUACAUUUCUUACCAGUAGCGUAGCAACGCAAAUACAUUACACUAUUACAGUGUAUGUUUUUCAAAUUAUUAACACAUUCGCAGUAUUGAUUUUGUGCUUAAGCUAAUUAAAUGUUUCAGACUUUAUCGCAUUAAUUGAGCAAACUUAACACUCUAAUUAUGUUGCUUGUCUAAGUCUGCUUAGACAAAAAGAAUGCUGUGAGUCUGCCUAGACAAAAAGUGCUUUAUUGUCUGUGAGCCUUUCUUAUGAAAUUUAAAAUGUGGAGUAUGUUUUUAUAAAAAUGAGUUUUUAAAAGUUUUAUUGAACUACUGUAUUAUAAAAAGGCUUUUUAAAAUUUUUGUAAGUUCUCUGUAUGUGAUAAUUAUCAUUUCUGUUUUUAUUCGCGGUAUUUGCUUGUAACUUAAUUUUUUCUGAAACUUAUUAAUAAAUGUUUUUUAAUUUGAA